AUGAACUUCGAACAGUACGACUCGUCCGAGUAUUCGCUUAAUUCUCCGUCUUCUUCGUCGGGUACCGACCAAAGAUUACAUUCAUACAGCAGUUUUGAAUCAAACCAGACUUCGUCCGGUACAGACCAAAGAUUAGGUUCAUACAGCAGCUUUGAAUCAAACCAGGGUUCGUCAUUCUUGUCGCCACUAUCUCAAUUGGUAUCACAUAAGAAAAGGGCAGGAAGAAAGAAGUUUAAGGAAACUAGACACCCAAUUUAUAGAGGAGUACGGGAGAGGAAGAAUGAAAAAUGGGUUUGUGAAGUUAGAGAACCAGGUAAUAGCAAAACAAGAAUUUGGCUUGGAACUCAUAAUUCUCCUGAAAUGGCAGCUAGAGCUUAUGAUGUCGCUGCAAUAGCUCUUAGAGGUGAAUCGACUCCAUUGAAUUUUGAAGAUUCAUUGUGGCGUUUACCUCGUGCCAAGUCAUCCUCUGCCAAAGACAUUCAAUCUGCUAUUGCUGAAUCUGAUCAAGCUUUACUAUCUACUGAGUCACAACCGCGGGUGGAAAAUAAUGUUGAAGAAAUUCAAGAAAGUUCUUCGAGAGGGACGUUUUUGGAUGAAGAAGCGUUGUUUAAUAUGCCGUCACUAAUGGCCAGCAUGGCAGAAGGAAUGCUACUUGAUCCACCACAGGAAGGUUACUUUUUUGACGACGUGGAAUGCAGCGUGGACUGCAGCAGUUUGUGGAGUGACUAA